ACGAGCCUCAUUUCUUUACUUUUCCCUCAAAGCACGAAUCUCUCUCUCUCGCUCUCUCUCUCUCUCUCUGAACGCAUCAUAAUUUUUAUCCCUUUCAAAUAAUUUCGUUAACUUUUCUUCGGUGGCUGCCUUUUAUUCGCCUUUAUCAGUUUAUCUCCACAAGGCAAAUGCUUCAUCAGGAAUGGGUGUAGCUGAUCACAGCAAAAGCACCUUUACGGAAUUGCAGAGAAAGAAGGUUUACCGAUAUGUAAUUUUUAAGAUUGAUGAGAAGAAAAAGGAGGUUGUGGUUGAAAAGACUGGAGGUCCGGCUGAGAGCUAUGAUGAUUUCAUGGGAGCUUUGCCUGAGAAUGACUGCCGAUAUGCAGUUUACGACUUUGAUUUUGUGACUUCUGAGAACUGCCAAAAGAGCAAGAUAUUUUUCAUUGCAUGGUCGCCAUCCGUGUCCAGAAUUCGUGCCAAGAUGCUGUAUGCUACAUCCAAGGACAGGUUCAGAAGGGAAUUAGAUGGCAUCCAUUACGAAAUUCAGGCGACUGACCCAACUGAGAUGGAUCUUGAUGUGCUCAGAGAUCGUGCACAUUGAGCUAACCUUGUGAUAUCAAGGGUUUACCAUCUCUGGUGAUAUCUGCUUCUUGUUCCUUUUUGCGAUCUAAAGGAGCAUAUUUUUUAGCUUCAGUUACUGGUCUAUGUGUAGUGUUUCUAACUCCUGGAUACGUACAGCUUAAUCAUUAAAUAAAUUGGCAUCUGAGAAGGCUGAUUAGGAGGCCUUUGACUAGGAUUUCCAUGUGCAGGGAAAUCUGGGCUUCCUUACUGUCAUGAUGCUUCCCAGAUGAACAAUGGUUUAUGGCUUUAGUUUACUGCUGAUUCUCUACUAAUAUUUUAUAGUUUAAAA